AUGUGCCUCACUUUUUUCUUUUCGUCCAUUUUGGUUCCAGUGGUGGAGUCCAAAGAUGGGACCUUCUCUGUGGCUUCUGCAUUUGCUGGUCAUCAUGAAGCUGUUCAGGACAGAGAUCACAAAUUCUUAUCAAAAGCAGUUGAAGAAGCAUACAGUGGAGUUGAUUGUGGUGAUGGAGGCCCCUUUGGUGCAGUUGUCGUUCGUAAUGAUGAAAUAGUUGUUAGCUGCCAUAACAUGGUCUUGAGGAACACAGAUCCAACUGCUCAUGCUGAGGUGACUGUAAUAAGGAAGGCUUGCAAGAAACUUAGGAAAAUUGAACUUUCUGAUUGUGAAAUGUAUGCAUCCUGCGAACCUUGCCCGAUGUGCUUUGGUUCAAUUCAUCUUUCCAGGAUUAAGAUUCAUGGCGAUCUUACAAUGAAGAGGCUGGUUUAUGGAGCCCAGGCAGAGGCGGCAAUAGGUAUUGGGUUCGAUGAUUUCAUUGCUGAAGCAUUGAGAGGCACUGGAUUCUACCAGAAGGCCUACUUGGAGAUUCAAAGAGCUGAUGGUAACGAAGCCAUCAUGGCAGAACAGGCUUUCAAGAAGACCAAGGAGAAGUUCCAGACGUACUGA